ACUCCCCCCCCCCCUCUCUCUCAUCGGACUUUCCCUUCUGUGGAAAAUACUCGCCACAGUGUGUGCACGGAAGAUGAGGGGAACAAUGAAACAAACCAAAGGAAUUAUUUUCUCCUCGGCACUGUUCAAGCUUCUCCUUUUGGUCGCGAUUACGCGCGGUGCCACCGGUAAGACUUUGAAAUAUAAAGUUUAUGAGGAGCAGAGAGUGGGGACGGUGAUUGCACGGUUAAAGGAAGAUGUAGCCGGGGUUUUAUCCAAAUUACCGGGUUCCCUGACCUUUCGGUUCCGCGCAAUGCAACGAGGGAGUACGCCGUUCCUCUCUGUCCGGGAGGAGGACGGGGAGAUCAGCAUUGGCACCAAAAUCGACCGUGAGAAGCUUUGUGAGAAAAAUGUGAACUGCUCGAUAGAAUUUGAUGUGGUCACACUCCCCACGGAGUACCUGCAGCUGUUCCAUGUGGAAGUGGAGGUGCUGGACAUCAACGAUAAUUCCCCCCACUUCUCCCGCGCCAUUGUCCCUAUUGAGAUCUCGGAAAGCGCAUCCGUGGGGACCCGCAUCCCGCUGGACGGUGCAGUGGAUGCGGACGUCGGGGAAAACUCCCUGAACACAUAUUCCCUUACACCCAAUAACUUCUUUAAGAUCGAGGUGAGGACACGGACGGAUGGGGCCAAGUACGCAGAGCUGGUGGUGAUGAGGGACCUGGACCGGGAGGUGCAACAAAACUACCAGCUCCAGCUAACGGCCUCCGAUAAUGGUGUUCCUCCAAAGUCUGGCUCCACUUUGGUCAAGAUCAGCAUCUCGGAUUCCAACGACAACAGCCCAGCCUUUGAUGAGCAGGCAUAUAUGAUCAAUUUUCUGGAAAACUCUCCCCUAGGGACUCUAAUCAUUGAUUUAAACGCCACAGAUCCAGAUGAGGGCACUAAUGGGAAAAUAGUAUACGCGUUCAGCAGCCAUGUCUCACCAAAGAUCUUGGAAACCUUUAAGAUAAACCCAGAAAGUGGCCACAUUACCCUUAUUAAAAAAGUGGACUUUGAAAGCACUGCUUCCUAUGAGCUGGAUGUUCAAGCUCAGGACCUGGGCCCUAAUUCCAUCCCUGGACUUUGCAAAAUUGUUGUUAAAGUGGUGGAUGUAAAUGACAACAAACCAGAGAUAAACAUCAACCUGAUGACGCCUGGCAAAGAGGAAGUGGCCUACAUUUCAGAGGGGGCCCCAGUGGACACCUUCAUAGCUCUGGUUCGUGUUGAUGACAGCGACGCUGGGCUGAAUGGGGAGGUGGUGUGCCGGCUGCACGGCCAUGGACACUUCAGACUCCAGAAGACCUACGAGAAGAACUACAUGAUCCUCACUAAUGUAUCGCUGGACCGGGAGAAGAGGUCAGAGUACAGUCUGACCGUCAUAGCAGAGGACCGGGGCUCCCCCAACCUCUCCACCAUCAAACACUUCACCGUUCAGGUGUUGGAUGAAAACGACAAUCCCCCACGUUUUGAAAAGAGCCGCUACGAGGUCUUUAAAUCAGAAAACAACUCUCCUGGAGCAUACCUCAUGACCCUGGUGGCCUCAGAUCCAGAUCUGGGCACCAAUGGCCAGAUUACCUACAGCAUCGUAGACGCUCUGGUUCAGGGGAGCCCCAUCUCCACCUAUGUCACCAUUGACCCUUCUAAUGGCGCCAUCUAUGCCUUACGCAGUUUUGACCAUGAAGACGUCAGUCGGAUCGCCUUCACCGUUCAGGCCCGUGACGGGGGGAACCCAGUGCUGUCCACCAACACCACGGUCCUCUUGACUGUUCUGGAUGAAAACGACAACCCGCCCAUAAUCCACUCCCCCUCCCUCCGGAAUCACACCGCCGAGCUGUCCGUGUGGAAGUAUGCAUCACCUGGUCAGCUGAUCACGGUGCUCAAAGUCACAGACCGCGACGCCGGCACCAACGGAGAGAUUAGCUGUGCCAUUGUCGGUGGCAACGAGGACAGGCUCUUUGUGAUGGACGCCAGGCGCUGUGAGCUCAGAACCAAUGCCAGCCUGGAACAGGCUCCACGGGAAGUGAUGGAAAUCAGGGUGGAGGUGCAAGACAGGGGCACCAUCCGCCUGGCCACAGGGGCCCUCUUCAGGCUGUCGCUGCAGGAGAACAUGGACAUCUUGCCCCCCCUCUACCCCACAGGCUCCAGUCAGGCCCAGCUGGAUCUCUCCCUCAUCGUCAUCAUCUCUCUGGGCGCUGUUUGUGCUCUGCUACUCAUCGUCAUGGUGAUGUUUGCCUCUGCUCGCUGCAACCGUGAGAAGAAAGAUCCGAGACACAACUACAACUGCCGUGUGGCUGAGAGCAGCUACCAGAACCACCCCAAGAAGCCCGCCAGGCAGAUCCACAAGGCGGACAUCACCCUGGUCCCCACGGUCAAUGGGACUCUGCCUGUGAGAGCCCACCCUCGCUCCCCAUCAGCCUCCCCCGCCCCCGACAGAGGCACCCUGGGGAGCAGGCAGAGCCACCACAGCCGCCAGUCCCUCAACAGCCUGGUCACCAUCUCCUCCAAUCACGUGGCGGAGAACUUUGCCCUAGAGCUGGCCCACGCCACGCCUCCUGUAGAGCAAGUCUCACAGCUUCUGUCCAUGCUCCAUCAGGGCCAGUACCAGCCACGACCCAGCUUCAGAGGCAACAAAUACACCAGAAGCUACAGAUACGCGCUGAAUGAGAUGGAUAAGUUCAGUCUGAAGGACAGCGGGCGGGGGGACAGUGAGGCGGGGGACAGCGACUACGAGCCUGGCCGGGAGUCCCCCAUGGACAGGCUCCUUGGUGAGGGCUUUACUGAGAUAUAUGCCCCUGAUGGCCAGCACAGAACGCAUGCAGCCAUGAGGCUGUGCACAGAAGAGUGCCGUGUGCUGGGUCACUCAGAUCAGUGCUGGAUGCCCCCCCUGGCCUCCCCCGCCUCGUCCUCUGACUACCGCAGCAACCUCUACAUCCCCGGGGAAGAAUCCCACCAAGCAUGCGACCCCUCCCAGGAAAAGACCCCGCAGCCCUGCACCGACACCGGCCCCACCCGGAACCAAAGCUUCUCCACCUUCGGCAAGGACCUGGGGGGUGAGGAAGACAGAGAAGAGGUGGAGGGGGGGGCUUGUGUGGGCGAGGCCGGAGAUGAAGACUUGUGUGGGACCACCUCUCUGCUGUCAGAGAUGAGCAGUGUGUUCCAGCGGCUGUUACCCCAGGGGCUGGAUUCCUACGUCCAGGUCAACGAGAACCAGAAGGGGACUGGUCUCAGCGAGGUGGGGGUACCAAUGACUGGAUCUUUAGACCGCAGGAGGGGCCAUCUUCCUGGCAAGCCCAACCCCUCCGUCCACCAGCAGGGCGUAGCAGCCUGGGCCGCCAACACCCACUUCCAGAACCCGGGCAGCAGCAUUGGGCCAUCCAGCCCCCACCAGGGGGGCAGCUACCACACCCUCAAACCCAGCACCAAGCUCAGCUCCCAGAGCGGCCACAAGGGCACACAGGCCCCCAAAAACAGCCCCCAGAACAGUGGCCACACACCCAAACCCCAUAGCAGCCCCCUCCUCACGGCACUGGUCAGCCCCACUCUGGUGCACCCCUCACCCGCCCCGGUGCCGGUGGCGCUCUGCCCCUCCUCCAAAUGGCUCCCGGCCAUGGAGGAGAUCCCGGAGAACUACGAGGAGGACGACUUUGACUCGGGGCGCGGCCCCCUGCAGGGCAGGCGCUGCGACAGCAGGCACGAGCUGGUGGACGCCAGCGAGCUGGUGGCAGAGAUCAACAAACUCCUGCAGGACGUCCGGCAGAGCUAGGCCUCCUGUUUCAUUCUCAUCCUCUUUAUUUAUUCACCACCCACGUCUGCUUUCUUUACUUCAGAAUGAAAGUGAGGGACGAUGGGUGGCAAAAGAUGGACAGAAAAAAUACCUGCAAUUGUCGUUAAAGUUGCAUUUCUAAUGUAAUAACUGUGUUUUGUGAAUGCUAAUUAUCCCAAAAAUUGUUUGUAAUUGCUGGUUUGGUACACAAUGUACACUAUGUGACUGUAUUUAUCUUUGUAUUUUAAAAAUACAUUUGUAUACUUAUAUUUAUAAAAGAAAGUGUAUAUAAACUUAACAUAAAAUUCUAUUUUUAUAUUUUUAAUGCAUGUUGAUUACAAAAACGUUGAAUCAAGACUUUGACAUGCGAUUUACAUUCUACAUAUUUUAAUUGUCUUUUGUAUUGUGGUUCUUUUUUAUUUAUAACUAUGAUGUGUAUACAUGAAUAUAUUAAUGAAUUAAUGGACAUGUGUCUGUGGAUUAUUCUGGGGAUGGGGACAGUACACAAAUAAAACACAAACA